UUUCCUCCUCUAUAGGAAACAACCAUCAUUGCUCCAAACAAUCACUUUCAUCCUUUGAAAAUAAUCUCUGCUUCUGCUUCUUCUUCUUCUUCUUCUUAUUCUUCUUUCUUUCUCUCUCUCUUUUUUCAUCUAUACACACUUCCACUAACCUUUAAAUUCUCUCAUUUCCAAUUUUCCCUCCCAUAGAAUCAUCAAUACACCAAAACCCACAAACAAAAAUCAAAUCUUUUUUUGAGAAUUCUCUGUUUCGGCAAAAACAAUGGAUUCGUCUUGUACAAACUCCGUAAACGGAAUCUACUCGUUUCUAAACAGAUCAAUGGAAGAUCUCGAAAGGGUUUACCUCUCCAACAACUUCAUGUCCGUACAGUUCCUACAGAGAGUGAUCUGUCUCCUAAGAACCUCUCACUCUCAUCUCACACUUCUCGUCCAAAAACUCAAUCUCCCUGUCGGUGACAAAUGGCUCGACGACUACAUGGACGAAACCUCCAAGCUCUGGGACGUUUGCCACGUCAUCAAAUCCUCUCUCUCAUCUAUGGAAAACUUUUGCUCCGCCGCGAUUUCCAUCGCCUCUACUCUCGACGGCCACCACCACCGUCAGAUUUCCCGACAGGUGAUACGAGCAGUAUCUGGAUGUCGGAGAGAAGCGGUGGGGAUAGAGGAAGAAAACAGAGCUUUAAUGGAGAAUCGGAUUCUAAGGUUUCCGUUUCUGUCGGAGCAAGUUACGACGACGGCGAUGGAGUCAUCGAAGAUACAGAACGGAUUCAGCGGCUUUAGAGGAGUAAUGAACACAAUGAAGAACAUAAACUCGCUGCUUCUCAUGAUCUUAAUGCAAGGCCUUGUUUACUGUAUUCCCGGCGAGACAGCGGCGACGGUGACGAUGACAGCGUCUGCGAUGGUGAGACUGAAGCAGAGAGUGGCGGCGGAAAUGGAGAGGACAGGGAUGAAGAAAGGAGUAAUGAUGUAUGAGUUUAGGAGGAGCAAGAACGCGAUGGAGGAGCUCAAGGCUGAGCUGGAACGACGGUGGUGCGGCGGAGGAGGAGAGGGGGAGGAGGCGGCAGCGGCGGAGAAAGUGUUAAGAGAGAGAGUGGAGAGUGUGAAAGUGAAUAUUGGGAAUUUGAGGAAUGGAACAGAGAGUAUUGUUGCUCAGAUUGAUGAUUUCUUUGAUGAGAUUGUUGAUGGAAGAAAAUUGCUUCUGGAUUUCUGUAGCCACCGGUAAAAGAAAAUUAGGCUUUUAGAUGAAUCGGUUUGUUGUUAAUCUGCUCUGUUUUUACUUUUAUUAAUAUCUAUAAAAUAUAUGUUUUUUUGCUUUCUUGUUUUUAAAACCUUUUUGGGGGAUUUAUAUUCCAAAGUCUGAACAUUAAUGAAAUAUGAAAUUAAGACGUUUUGUUAAAGUUGAAGUUAAUAAUAUGUUGUGCAAUGGCGUCAAAUGAAAGUUCAAAACGAAGAGACUUGUACUGUUCACUGUUG